AUGGAAGGGGAAUCUUACCACAAUGCUACUACCAUCAAUGGCACCCCAGUGAAUCACCAGCCUUUGGAACGCCACAGGUUGUGGGAAGUCAUCCCCAUCGCAGCUGUGACAGCUGUGGUGAGCCUGAUCACCAUCGUGGGUAACAUCUUAGUCAUGAUCUCGUUCAAAGUCAACAGCCAGCUGAAGACAGUUAACAACUAUUACCUGCUCAGCUUAGCCUGUGCAGAUCUCAUCAUUGGGAUCUUCUCCAUGAACCUCUACACUACCUACAUCCUCAUGGGACACUGGGCUCUCGGGAGUCUGGCUUGUGACCUGUGGCUUGCACUGGACUACGUGGCCAGCAAUGCUUCUGUCAUGAACCUUCUGGUGAUCAGUUUUGACCGAUACUUUUCUAUCACAAGACCCCUGACGUAUCGGGCCAAGCGUACCCCAAAGAGGGCUGGCAUCAUGAUUGGCUUGGCCUGGCUGAUCUCCUUCAUCCUCUGGGCCCCAGCGAUCCUCUGCUGGCAGUACUUGGUUGGGGAGCGGACGGUCCCACCAGAUGAGUGCCAGAUCCAGUUCCUCUCGGAGCCCACCAUCACUUUUGGCACUGCCAUCGCUGCAUUCUACAUCCCUGUUUCCGUGAUGACAAUCCUCUACUGCCGAAUCUACCGGGAAACGGAGAAGCGAACCAAGGACCUGGCCGACCUGCAGGGCUCUGACUGCGUGGCUGAAACUGAGAAGAGAAAGCCAGCUCACGAGGCUCUGCUCACGUCCUGCUUUAGCUGCCCCCAGCCCACACUGGCCCAGAGGGAAAGGAACCAAGCCUCCUGGUCAUCCUCCUGCAGGAGCACCUCCGGCACUGGGAAGCCAUCCCGAGCCACUGGCCCGAGCACGGAGUGGGGCAAAGCUGAGCAGCUAACCACCUGUAGCAGCUACCCCUCCUCAGAAGAUGAGGACAAGCCCACCACUGACCCCGUCUUUCAAGUGGUCUACAAGAGUCAGGCCAAGGAGAGCCCAGGGGAAGAAUUCAGUGCUGAAGAGACCAAGGAGACUUUUGUGAACGCUCAAACUGAAAAAAAUGACUAUGACACCCAAAAAUACUUCCUGUCUCCAGCCACUGCUCAUCGACCCAAGAGUCAGAAGUGCGUGGCCUAUAAGUUCCGACUGGUGGUGAAAGCUGAUGGGACCCAGGAUACCAACAGCGGCUGUCGCAAGGUGAAAAUCAUGCCCUGCUCCUUCCCGGUGUCCAAGGACCAUUCGACCCCUCCCAACGUCAGCCAUCAGAUGACCAAACGAAAGAGGAUGGUCCUUGUCAAAGAGAGGAAAGCAGCCCAGACCCUGAGUGCAAUUCUCCUGGCUUUCAUCAUCACGUGGACUCCUUACAACAUCAUGGUCCUGGUUUCCACCUUCUGCGACAAGUGUGUCCCAGUCACCCUGUGGCACUUGGGCUACUGGCUGUGCUACGUCAAUAGCACUGUCAACCCCAUUUGCUAUGCCCUCUGCAACAGAACCUUCAGGAAGACCUUUAAGAUGCUGCUUCUCUGCCGAUGGAAAAAGAAAAAAGUGGAAGAGAAAUUGUACUGGCAGGGGAACAGCAAGCUCCCCUGA